CCAAUCAUGAGGUCUCUGGUCUUCGCUCUGCUCCUCGGAGCUGUGUUUGCCACAGAAGAUGACAAAAUCGUCGGAGGGUAUGAGUGCACUCCUCACUCCCAGCCCCAUCAGGUGUCUCUGAACUCUGGCUACCACUUCUGUGGCGGCUCCCUGGUCAACGAGAACUGGGUGGUGUCUGCUGCUCACUGCUUCAAAUCCAAAAUGGACGUUGUCCUCGGUGACCACAACCGUUGGUGGCUGGACGGCAAUGAACAGAUCAUUGCUGCUGAACUCGUGAUCCCUCAUCCCAACUACGAGUCCUGGCUAGUUAACAAUGACAUCAUGCUGAUCAAGCUGAGUGAACCCGCCACCAUCAACGAAUAUGUUAAGCCUGUGGCUCUGCCCACCAGUUGUGCCUCCGCUGGCAUCACAUGCACAGUCUCUGGAUGGGGUGUGACCAUGAGCUCCGCUGCUGACAGUAACAGGCUGCAGUGCCUGGAAAUCCCCAUCCUGUCUGAUGAGGACUGUGACAUGUCCUACCCCGGCAUGAUCACUGAGGCCAUGUUCUGUGCUGGAUACACCGAGGGAGGCAAAGACUCCUGCCAGGGUGACUCUGGUGGUCCUGUUGUGUGUGAUGGGGAGCUGCAGGGUGUUGUGUCCUGGGGCUUUGGGUGUGCAGAGAAGAAUCACCCCGGCGUCUAUGCCAAGACUUGCAUUUUCACAGACUGGCUGCAGAGCACCAUGGCCACUUACUAAGUCGGACUCAUCACACCACUACAGCUGUUUCUAUGCUACAGAAAAACCCUGUGCUAAUGCAACUUGGCCUGUUGUAAUGGAG